GUUGCAAGUGCACCGUAAGGACGGUAAUUGCAGUUACACCAGGCGACUUUCGGACGAAUAAUCCAUGUUUAUGAAAAGCCGUGAAGUUUUUGAAUGCAAAUGCAAUAGGUUUAAUGCGAAAUGUGUGCUCGGUAGAGACAAGCUGUAAAUAUGGAUAAAAGGCUUGUAACUGCGGGAUCUGAAGAGAUUGACUGGGGAGGAAGUAGAGCUGAAGAGGGGAAGAUUAUGAAGAAGAACAAAACUUUAUCAAAGAAUGUCCACACUGAUCUUCCUAAUCCACUUUCAGAUCCUGUGAAAUGUACUCUGAUAAAAGGAGACUAUCUCUACUUCCAUUAUGGCUGUGAUGGACAAGAUGACAGAGGCUGGGGAUGUGGCUACCGCACCAUUCAAACAAUGUCUUCCUGGCUUUGCUAUAACUGUUCUCCACCUAAGUACCAAAACAGACCUCCACCGAGCCUCCCGGAAAUUCAGCAAGCCUUGGUUUCAAUAGGGGACAAGCCAGGCUCCUUCUCGGGCUCCAGGGAGUGGGUAGGAACAUUUGAGGCCUCCCUGGCCCUUGAUUGUUUUUAUGAUGUUCCCUGUAAAUUGGUACAUAUUAGAGGUGGAGCAGCAGAGCUGGAGCAGGUUGCAGUGGAAGAGCUCCAUCAGCACUUUGAGAAGCAUGGGUCUCCAGUCAUGAUGGGAGGGGACAGGGACAACUCCUCUAAGGGGAUAUUCGGGGUGUGCACUGGGGACAAGGGGAGCUACCUGUUAGUCGUUGACCCUCACUACUAUGGAUGUCAUCUGGAGAAGGCCGAGCUGCAGAGGCAAGGGUGGGUGGCCUGGAAAAGAAUAUCAUCUUUGGAUCAGACUUCAUUUUAUAAUCUGUGUAUGCCUCAGACGGCCAAAAAAUGAAUGUAAGCUAAAUGGCAGACCUAUUUCUGUCUAAAAACUCUCAAAUGAAUUUAUUUGUGAGGAUGAACUGUAGCAAAUUGUGGGACUUUCUCAUUUAGGUGACUUGACUGAGUCCUAAUGUGUGACAGACAAUCUUUGCUUUGUCAGUAUGUAUAAAAGUAUAAAAGGAGUGUCAGUGCCAUCUUGUGGAUGAAAUUAUUGAUUACAAAAUGUUUGAAGAACAGAGGGAUAAAACAACCUGAUGGAACAGUUUCUUCAUUAUUGUUCAAUUAGAAUCCUGUUGAAUCUCAAAUUUUCUUUGAUAUACUUCAAGUAGCUAGUUUAUAUUCAUUUUUAUUAUAUCAAACUCUUGGUGUGAAGAUAUAAAUUAGGGUAAAUGUUCAAAAAUUGUGAAUUAGGAUUUAAAUAGGACGUGUUAGUGAGAGUGCUUGUAGUGCUAUUUAAUAUUCUUUAGGCCACUUGACACUAGAUUUUUUUAGGACGUUGAUCUGACUUUUGAUAAUCAAUAAUUUAAAUAAUUUUUCAAGCAAAAAUUCAAAUGAUUCUAUUGUCCCUGACAAAACUAGCAAUAUGCAUAUGUUACUUUUGGUUUCUGCUAUAUUGUAAUAUACAUUUCUUUUUUACUAUUCCUUGACUUUUAGAGUAACCAGUAAUGAAAAUAAUAAUGGACAUCAGGACUUGAAGAGACAGACUCUGCAGUUUCUCCUUUAUUGCAUACAAUAAAUAAUUUAGCAACACA